AUGGCAGGUGUUCUUGUUGGAAAUGCCACUGAAUCCGCUCCCGCAGCUACUGGAUCUACUCCUCUUGAUUCCAGUAGUCCUUUCUUUCUCCAUCCAUCAGAUUCACCUGGUAUGACACUAGUCAAUACCACCUUUGAUGGUCGUGGCUUUGCAGGCUGGAGGAGAGCCCUUCUUAUUGCACUCUCAGCUAAGAAUAAACUUGGUUUCAUCAAUGGGAGCUGCAAAUCACCAUCUGUUGAUUCUCCCUCUUUUUCACUUUGGACUCGAUGCAAUGAUAUGUUCACUUCUUGGUUGCUUAAUUCCCUCUCCAAGGAGAUAGCAGCCAGUGUGCUUUACUCAAAAACUGCUGAGAGCCUUUUGACAGAUCUUGAAGAUAGGUUUGGCCAAUCCAAUGGGGCCAAACUCUACCACUUGCAGAAGGAAAUCAAUGACUUAGUGCAAGGUAACAGUGAUAUAGCAGGUUAUUUUACAAAGAUAAAGCUAUUAUGGGAUGAACUUGAUGCAUUAUAUACCACUGUGACAUGUGCUUGUGACUGUAAAUGUGGAGGAAAAACUAAAAUGUUGAAGUCUCACCAGGAUGAAAGGCUUAUUCAGUUCUUAAUGGGACUAAAUGACACCUAUGGCCCUGUGAGGAGCAACAUACUCAUGAUCUCUCCUCUCCCCAAUGUCAAUCUUGCUUACUCUCUCUUGAUUCAAGAUGAGAAGCAAAGGGAAAUCUAUGUCAACUCUAAGUUUCCUGGAGAUUCAUCCUCUUACUUGGCAGUUCAGCUACACUCUUCAACUAAUAAGCCUCAGAACUAUGAGUAUAAAGGAAAGAGGAACAACUUAAUUUGCUCACAUUGCAAGGAACCAGGACAUUCUAUUGAUAAGUGCUAUAGAAUAAUUGGGUUUCCUGCUGAUUUUAAGUUCACCAAGAAUCAGAAAUUCCAAGUAGGAAUUAAAAGCAAUGCUGUGCUAGGAACCCCUAACGCACAACACACCGUGUUUCUUGAGGGAGAAGAAAACCCUUUUACUCAAGAGCAAAUCAGUCAGCUGCUUCAAAUUCUUAAACAUACUAAAGUUGGCAAUCCAGGGGUAAAUGCUAGUAUGGUUGAGUGUACUGGAAACCCCUUCACACCAGAUCAGAUUUCUAAGUUGUUCCAGCUUCUUCAGCUGAGUAGCCUGGGGGUUUCAUGUUCAGAUGUGAAUGUUAAUAUGGUUCAUUGUGCUGGUAAUAUUUUCAAUGACCCAGUUGCUUAUUUUACAUAUAUGAACACUGAUUCUUGGAUCAUUGACUCUUGGAUCAUUGACUCUGGUGCAUCUGAGCACAUGUCAUAUGAUGCCAAAUUUUUCUCUAGCCUUAAACCUUUGCCUUCUCAAUUUCUACAUAUUUGA